AUAGAAAUGCAAUCACAAUAGAAAUAGACAUUUUAUUUCACAGUAGUUUAAUUUAUUUAUUUUCGGAAAGCGCAUAUAAUUUGGAACCCACUCAACCCAGUGUCUCCACCAUGGUAGCUUUUGCAAGCGACAUCUGUUUUCUGUAUGCCUACUCCCCCUCUCUGUCUCUCUAUCUAGUCAUUUACUUUUCCUUCGCAAAACAAGAAAACCCCCCCUUUUCGCUAUUUUUUCCCUGAUUAUCAUCGGUCAUCAUCGUAGGGAGCUUCUAUCUUGAGACUCCGUAUAGGGGAAGUCAGCUUCUCUGGUGAGUGAGUGACAGCCAUUAUUACUACACUUUUAGGCAAAUCCUCAUUUGGACUAGACCUACCCGUGGCCUGAUGUAUGAUUAGAAGUUGAUAACUUUCAAGGCAGUUUUAUAUUCUUUUGAGCAUCAGCAUAAUGGCAACUGAGAACCCGAUGCGAAUUGUGGAAAGCAGGAGAGCUGGGCAGUGGGGUUCUCCUUCUAAGGAUGAAUUGGGGUUGCUCCUAAAAGGGCAUCAUAAAGUCCCACACCGAAGUGGUAGUGCUCCUCCAAGUAUGGAAGGUUCAUUCACAGCUUUUGGGAACCUCAUUCAUAAGGAAGCCGGAGCUUGGCGUUCGGGUCCCACAAACUUAUUAGAAACCACCCUGCUGAACUACCAGUCUGAGGAACAAAUACGGGCUGACCCGUCAUAUUUUGCAUACUAUUCUUCAAAUGUUAACUUAAACCCACGGCUUCCUCCCCCUAUAAUCUCAAGGGAGAAUAGGCAUCAUCUUGCUCACCAUGUAGGGUCUACUACGAGUGGCGGUGGAGAUGACAGACUGGUGCCCUUUCCCAGAGGUUCUCUUUCAACUCACAUUGAAGAGCCCGAUGACGAUAGAUGUACACAUAAUGCUUUGGAUGAAUUAGCAGAAAAUAGAACUGCACAAUUGGCUGAACCAAAGUUAGAUGCUUUGACUAGUCAGCAUAAAAGUUUGGUUGAUUUAAUUCAGGAUGACUUUCCCCGCACGCCAUCUCCACUUUAUAGCCAAUCUUGUGUUGCUGUGGAGGAACAAGCUCAAUGCAAUGUGCAAUCACUGGGCCUGGAAAAUCUCUCUCUUGAAGUUUCCCAGAAACCUGCAAUGGUGGUGCCCACUAAAGGAGACGCUAGUUCCAGUUAUCAAAAUGAAACAGUGACACAUUUGCAUUCUCAGUUCCACACACCUCACCAAGUCACUGGCCUACAAGUACAAAUACCUUCUCAUGGUAUGGACAAAGGACACUUUCAUACUCGUCUUCCGGAAGCUUCUGGACUGACCCCAUUAUAUGCCGCAGCUGCAGCUUAUAUGGCCCCUGGAAGCUCGUUUUAUGCAAACAUGAAUACAUCUGGCUUAUACAGUCCUCAGUAUAGCAUGGCUGGUUAUGCUAUGGGCUCUCCAUUUCUUCCUCCUUAUUAUUCUCAUAAUAAUAAUAGUCUUCCUAUCCAGUUUGAUGCCAUUCCAGGUCAAAAUGUUAGCAGUCAAACUAGGGACGUUCCACAAUUGGGACACCAUGGAUUAAUGAUGCAUCCUUCCUUACCUGAUCAUUUCGGACCCUUCCAGAUGCAGUACUUUCAACAACAUCCUGUUGAAGAUGCAUUCAGUGAUCCAUCCAUUCCAUCUUACUUUAGUGAUCAGAAAUUUCUGCCUCAUCAUCAUAGUGCAAGUAUGAGCAAGGCAAAUCAGAGGAAAAUGGGAUCGGCCAAUAAUAGUUACUAUGGAAGUCCUACUGCUGUGGGGUAUGUGCCACAGUUUCCAGUGUCCCCUCUGGGUAGUCCAGGAUCCCCUAUAGGAGGGUUGUACCCUUUUGGGAGGAGAAAUGAAAUAAGACUUUCACAAGGAUCUAGCAAAAACGUUGGAGUUUAUCAUGGCUGGCAAGUGCAAAGAGACAACCUCAAUGAACCUAAAAAGUAUUCAUUUCUUGAUGAAUUAAAAGCAAACAAUGCUAGGAAAAUUGACAUCUCUGACAUUGCUGGGCGUAUUGCUGAGUUCAGUGUUGAUCAACAUGGGAGUCGGUUCAUACAGCAGAAGUUGGAGAACUGCAGUGAUGAAGAAAAAGGUUCUGUUUUUGCAGAAGUUCUUCCACAUGCUUCAAAGCUGAUGACUGAUGUCUUUGGGAACUAUGUUAUUCAGAAGUUCUUUGAGCAUGGGAGUUAUGAUCAAAGAAAGGAGCUGGCUUUUCAGUUAAAAGGAAAGAUGCUAUCUUUAAGUUUGCAAAUGUAUGGUUGCCGUGUUAUUCAAAAGGCACUUGAGGUAAUUGAUAUUGACCAGAAGAGAGAACUAGUGCAUGAACUUGAUGGACAUGUGAUGACAUGUGUACGAGAUCAGAAUGGAAAUCACGUCAUACAGAAAUGCAUUGAAUGUGUUCCAACAGAAAGUAUUGAGUUUAUCAUCUCUGCUUUCCAAGGCCAAGUUGCUAGUCUCUCUACCCACCCCUAUGGCUGCCGAGUCAUCCAGAGAGUGUUGGAGCAUUGUUCAGGUGACCCACAAAGUCAAUGCAUAGUGGAUGAAAUCUUGGAAUCAGCAUAUGUUCUUGCCCAGGAUCAGUACGGCAACUAUGUGACCCAGCAUGUUUUGGAGAGGGGAAAAGCACAUGAAAGAAAGCAUAUAAUAAGCAAAUUAUCCGGAAAAGUAGUGCAGUUGAGUCAACAUAAAUACGCAUCAAAUGUUGUAGAGAAAUGCUUGGUGCAUGGCAAUGCUGCUGAUCAGGAGCUAUUGAUUGGGGAAAUUCUUACUCAGUCUGAUGGAAAUGACAGUUUGCUGACUAUGAUGAAGGAUCAGUUCGCAAAUUAUGUGGUUCAAAAGAUUCUUGAAAUCAGCAACGAUAAACAGUGCCAAGUUUUGCUGUCUCGAAUCAGAGUUCAUCUUCCUGCUUUGAGGAAAUACACCUAUGGGAAACAUAUAGUUGCCAGAUUUGAACAGCUUUCCAGUGAAGAAGAAUGAGUGAUUGAAAUUUGAAAGCCUUGAAGCAUCGGCGGACUAGUUGGCAGUAGGAUUCAUUGAGCUGGGCUAGUUCCUUCAGGGUACGAUUUGGAGGGAUAUAUUACCCUUUAUGUAAUUGUCAGCCAGCUAGGUUCUGUAUUAUGGUUAACAUUACAAAAAUCUGUAUCUGUAGUGUGUAGAAUGCAUAGAAUAAUCACGUGUGAGUGGGUAUUGUAGGGUAUUGUAGAAACAAUAUGGCCAUUUCUUUCUCAAUUAGUUACGAAUAAUGUGUGUUGUGCUUGUG